AUGGAGAACAAGUUGGAUAAGUUAUUGGAGGUGGGAAGACAUUGGCACAUUAGCCAGUCAAGCGAGUUUGUAUUUGAAGUACGUAUUGAUGACUCGGUGAUGGUGGACUUGGAAAAAUGGUAUUGUUCAUGUUGUCAGUGGCAGAUUAAAGGCUUCCCUUGCUCACACGCAGUUACAACCAUCAUCCACAACGGUAGCAAUCCUUAUGACUACAUUGAAGACUAUUUCACAGCUGAUUACUAUAAGUCUUCAUAUUCUUUUCUAAUUGAACUGAUUCCUGACAUCCAUCAACCUCUACUUGAUAUAGUGAAGGAUUUUAUCGUCAAGCUUCCGGUGACAAGAAAACAACCCGGCAGACCAAGGGUUAAGAGGAUUAAGUCUAAUGGGGUAGAAUCAAGACCAAUGAAGUGUGGGAGGUGCAAGAAUCUUGGACACCACAAUAAGAACACUUGCUCAGCACCCUUUUGA